AUGGAGUCCGAGGCCGGGAUCCUUGGGCACGCGCGGCGCUCCGGGAAGGACUACGUUUCCCAGGAAGCACGGCGCGGUCUCCCUCCCUCUCCAGCAAGCACCGGCUGCUGCUGCCGUAGCUUGGCUGACUUUUCCCCAAAAACCAAGACGGGGAGUUUCGUUUCGGUCAGCAAAGGAG